CUCGUGUGAACACAAACGGCGUCUUAAUUUUAAGGGAUCGAGGAGAAAAGGACGUUAGCUAUCACAACGCCAGCUAGUCGCGUGGCAGCUAGUCUUCUCGACAACAUGGUUCCGCGGGUACUGGAUAUCCCGGAUAUCAGUCUAGGAGACAUCGUUAUUGUAGUCUUGGGAGUCACAGGCUCUGGCAAAAGUACUUUCAUAAAUUACCUCUCAGACAUUGAGCUUGAAGUUGGGCACGGUCUAGAGACUUGUACCGACACAGUCCAGUGUGUGCCAUGCACUCUAGAUGAUGGCCAGCGGAUAUGGCUCCUUGAUACUCCCGGCUUCGAUGACACUUACCGAUCAGACACCGAAAUUCUCAAAGAAGUGGAAAAUUGGUUAAAUACGUCGGGGAUCAGGCUAACUGGCAUCAUAUAUCUACAAAGCAUAUCCGAUGUUCGCUUUACAGGUCGGGGGUUGAGGAACUUGCGGAUAUUCAAGAGACUUUUAGGUGAAAAUGGACUAGCAAAUGUGGUCUUAGCUACAACUAUGUGGACAUAUAUUUCGGACGAAGAGGGAAGGAGACGUGAGGCAGAGAUUAAGGAGAUGGGGGAACCCUGGCAGCACAUGAUCAAGCAGGGAAGUAAAAUCUUCCGGCAGGAUGACGGGAGAAGGUCUGCGUUGGCUAUUGUUAAGUACCUAAUGAGGACCGGAAUUUAUGCGUGUGAAGAAGUCCAGACAGAGGCGUUGGCUGCGAAUAUGAAGUUAAAGGAAAGAACUGCGAACCAGGAGGUUCAGAGGAAGAUAGAUAUGUUGACUGCGGAAACAAAGCUAAAAGAAACAUCAGCGACCACAGAUCAUCAGAGGGAGAUAAAAGAGUUAGUUGCGAACAUGAAGUUAAAAGAACGGUUGGC